CGCGACUUCUCUGCGUCAGUAUGGCAGCCUGCAGGGAGCCGUGGGAUUAAUUUUGAGCUUUUCCCCUUUGUUAACAUUUUUUCAGCUAUUUAUUGGCGAAAGGCGUAGAAAACAUGUCUCAGCUGCUUUGCUCCAGACUGUGCGUCACUUCUCAUUCACGUCCACUGUCUUUUUACUCACUCUGUAGGAAGACAGGAGACAAGUGGAAGCUCUCACGGUGGUAUAUACCUCGUAAUUCCCAUGCCCACAGCUCCAACCCGCCACCUGGCAAUGCUUUGCAACGAAUUUGGAGCCUGACUCAGAGAGCCAUCCGCCACUCCCCCUCUCGGACAUCCAAAUCGGCAGGUUUGAAAUUCAUCCUAGGACCUGCAGUCUUUAGCGUCUCAGCCCGCCUGUUCUGCAGUGUAGCUCGCUGUGAGGCAGAUUUCAAUAACAACACUCCAGGGGAAGUUAUCACCAAAGACCCAGUGCCUGAGUUCAAAUGGCACAUCCUUUGGAAAUUUGUCAGACCUCAGCUUUUUGCUCUUGUCUGUGCUGUUGUGCUUGCUUUUGGUGCCGCUAUCCUGAACAUUCAAAUCCCAUUAAUGCUUGGGGACUUGGUAAAUGUUGUGGCGCGCUACCUCAGAGAAAACACAGGUAGCUACGUCAAUGAGAUUAAAGGUCCUGCCAUGAAACUACUUGGAUUGUAUGGUAUCCAGGGCCUGCUAACUACUGGCUACAUUAUCUUAUUGUCAAGGGUAGGAGAAAGAGUGGCUGCAGACAUGAGGAAAAGCCUGUUUGCUUCCCUUUUAAGGCAAGAUGUUGCUUUCUUUGACGCCAAUAAAACCGGGCAGCUUGUAAAUCGUUUGACUGCUGACAUUCAGGAGUUCAAGUCCUCCUUUAAAUUGGUUAUUUCUCAGGGUCUGCGGAGCAUCACGCAGACAGUCGGGUGUUUUGUAUCUCUCUAUGUCAUCUCCCCAAAGCUCACAGGCUUGACAGUGGUCGUCCUUCCUUGCCUUGUGGGAGCAGGAGCACUCAUUGGUUCAUUCCUGCGAAAACUAUCUCGUCUGGCUCAAGAACAGGUAGCAAAAGCAACAGGGGUGGCAGAUGAAGCUCUGGGUAAUGUACGGACAGUGAAAGCUUUUGCUAUGGAGGAACGAGAGCUGCAAUUAUAUUCCAAUGAAGUUGAUAAAUCCUGUGAAAUGAAUGAAAAUCUUGGAGGAGGAAUAGCAGUUUUCCAAGGCUUGUCCAACGUGGCGCUGAACUGCAUUGUUCUUGGAACAAUUUUUGCUGGAGGGACUUUAAUUUCAAGCAAUGAGAUGUCUCCAGGGGACCUCAUGUCUUUCUUGGUUGCAUCUCAGACUGUUCAGAGGUCUUUGGCAAGCAUUUCCAUCCUUUUUGGACAGGUGGUUAGAGGGAUAAGCUCUGGGGCUCGGGUUUUUGAAUACCUGUCGUUGCAGCCCACUAUUCCUCUCUCAGGGGGAGGACGCAUCCCCUACCACUCUCUGACAGGAAGAGUGGACUUUAUGAACGUUUCAUUCAGUUAUCCAACAAGACCCGGCCAUGAAGUCCUGAAGAAGUUCAGUUUAACUCUGCCACCUUGUAAAACUGUGGCCAUUGUUGGUGAAUCUGGUGGAGGGAAGUCCACAGUCGCCUCCUUACUGGAGCGUUUCUACGACCCAACCAGCGGUGUGGUCAUGCUGGACGGACUCGAUAUCCGUACGCUAGAUUUGGCCUGGCUAAGGGGCCAAGUUAUUGGAUUCAUCAAUCAGGAGCCGGUUCUCUUUGGAUCAUCUGUUAUGGAGAACAUCCGCUUCGGGAAGCCCGAUGCCACAGAUGCUGAGGUCAUUAGUGCUGCAAAGCAAGCUAAUGCUCACCGCUUUAUUUCAAGCUUUCCUGAUGGCUAUAACACCAUGGUUGGUGAACGAGGUGUGACACUAUCAGGUGGACAGAAGCAGCGCAUCGCCAUCGCUCGAGCAUUGAUCAAGAACCCCAGCAUCCUGGUGCUGGACGAAGCCACCAGUGCUCUUGAUGCAGAAUCUGAGCGGGUGGUCCAGGAAGCUCUGGACAGGGCCACAAGGGGUCGCACUGUGCUCAUCAUCGCCCACAGGCUGAGUACCAUUCAAGGGGCUGAUCUGAUCUGUGUCAUGAGCAAUGGCCGGAUUGUGGAGGCUGGAACACACUUGGAACUCCUGAGCAAAGGAGGACUUUAUUCUGAUCUGAUCCGCAGACAAAGAGCCGAGGGACAGAAAUGAAGAUUCAAAAAUGUUUUCUAUAAGCAACAAUAAAUAACACUGCAUUUAAUUGA